CUCUGAAAACAGAAGAUAGAGGGAGUCUCGGAGCUCGCCAUCUCCGCCGAUCUCUACAUCGGGAAAAAAAACAUGGAGUCAGCUCCGGCAGCCCCCGACCCCGCCGCCAGCGAGCCGGGCAGCAGCGGCUCGGAGGUGGCCGCCGGCUCCAGGGAGACCCCGCUGACCCAGGACGCGGGCCGCAAGAGCGAGACGCCGGGCGCGGGGCGCAGACAGAGCUACGCGAGCUCCAGCCGAGGUAGGAGACGCUGCGACCGGGCUCCGGGCAAGAGGGGCGUCGGGAGCAGUUGCACCGAGCCUGGAGGGGGACCCGGCGCCCCGGGGAGCGCGCGCCCGGGGAGCCGGCGAGACGCGGGGUCCCCGGGACCGGUGCACGCGCGCCCGAGCUUGUCGCGGCGCCCUAAGCGGCCGGCACCCCCGCCCCUCCCCCCGCGGCCCCCCACAAAUGUUGCAAACUUUUGCAAGCCAGUGCUCGGCUUGCAGUUGAGGGCGAGGGGGGACGGACCAGAGCUUUGA